CCCGGGUGUCCCGUUUUUUAUUGGAUCGCCCGUAAUACCCCCCACGAUUGCACCCAGAGCAGGGAUCUAGCGACGACCCGGGUUCAUGCAUCAAAUAGAUUUCUCUCUCUGUCAGACCCAGUUUCGUCCUGCCCGCACUCGUCCCCGAUCGCCUAUAUCUUGGUCCGGGUUGGUCUGGUCGGGUGUUGAUCUCCAGAUCUGUCAGUUGGAUCUUUUGCCAUGCCACCAAAGUCCAAGAAAUCGCGGCCCUUCUCGUCAAUCCCCGUCGCCGUCUCCAUCGGCAACGUGAAGAACAGCCAGUCGUCCUAUCUCCGGUCAUCGUCGCAGUUCCAUCUCGCCAACAAGCCAACCGAGGGCGUUCGUCCCGAUCCGGUCAAGAACUUUGAGGAUGUCAUUAUCAUCCAUCCAGGAUCGCACUACUUCAGAAUCGGCCUGGCAUCGCAACCAGUCCCAAGGGAAGUCCCCCAGUGCCUCGCUCGUCGCAUCCAGCCGCCGGCAGACUCGAGCGUCCAUCCUCCAAAGCGAGUCAGACUGAACCCUGGAUCGACCAGCGAUCACCCGGACGAUGCCACCGUUACCGCCACCGAUGGCGAUCCGGCGGACGACGAUAUCGACCAGAAGGAUCUCGAUGCCAUCGAGUCCCAUCUCAAGCAAAAGAUGAAGGCCAACAAGAUUCGGCUGGUGCUCAACGCCUCGCUGACUUUGGCUGCAUACAACUCACAGUCGGCUCCCGUCACAAUUGAAGAUCACAACGACCCGUACAAGAUCGAGUGGAUUCAUCUGGAAAGCGAUAGCGAGUGUGUCGUUGGCACCAAGGCACUUCAAGUCGCCCCCGCCCCGAACGUCCAGCUGUUCUACCCGAUCUCCAAGGGAACAUUCAAUACAAGCCAAUACGGUAGCAUGCGCGCCUGUCUCAGCGACCUCAGCAGAAUCUGGACCUACGGCAUCGAAACCGAGCUUGCCGUUCCCCGAAAGGACUUUGGGUCUUACAGCGUCGUGGUGGUCGUGCCCGACGUUCACUCCAAGCUGCUGCUGAAGGAGUGGAUUGCCAUGCUGCUUGGAGAUAUGGGGUUCCGAAGCGCCAUCGCGGUACAGGAAUCCAUCUGCGGCGGCUUUGGAGCUGGCAUCUCGCUCGCCUGUGUUGUCGACAUUGGCGCAGAGACAACAAAAGUGAAUUGCAUCGAAGAUGGCAUGUGCAUUGGCGCAACGAGCAAAAGCCUUUGCUACGGCGGACAGGACGUAUCAAGCUUCCUGGCUGCUCUGCUGAAGCGGCGCGACUGUCCCUAUCGAGAGCUGGAUCUCAACCAAAGUAUCCUGGAUCGCGUGCUUGUCAACGACUUGAAGGAGCGCUUCUGCACACUGAUCGAGACCAAUGUGAGCAUGAGUCUCUGUGAGUUUUAUGUUCGCCAGCCUCAUCGCCCGACUCUUUGGUACUCCAUGAAGAUGUAUUUGGACUCAAUCGUUGCUCCCAUGUAUCUGUUUUACCCUGGUGUCCUCCGAUCCAAGAGCACCGCUGUCUCAUCCAAGGAAGCUUCUUUUAUGCGCUGGGACGCCGAUCAUAUGGUGCCAAACGACACGGAGCCUGACGAGCCCCCAACGGUCGUGGUAACGGCGGCCGAACCCGAGGUUCCCGGCGGAGAAGCCGGAGCUGGAACACUCCCCAGCGAUUCGGCCAGCACAAAUGGCGCGACGUCCGCAAACCUAGAGGCCUCCGAGUCCGCCAGUAACAUGCCUACCCCCUCGCUUCAGUCACUUUCAAAACCACCAACCCCGCCUCUCGAGCCCGACUCGGCUGCCGCCAACGCCCUGGAGCCGUUGGAUGAAGCGAUCGCGGGGUCUUUGAUUGCAUACUCCAAGUACAUUAGCGCGGCCACCUCCAAAGAGAAGGAUGUCGAGGAGCGACUGCAACGCAUAUCUCAGAACGUGCUCUUGCUUGGCGGGGGCAGUCUGGUGGCUGGUCUGGAUCUGGUGCUUCAGGACCGGAUCCGCGACCACCUGGAGCUCCGGGGCGGCUGCGUACUCCCAAGCGGCCAGUCGCUGAUCCCGACACAGGUGCAAAUCGUUCUGCGGCCACGCGAAAUCGACUCGCGCGAUGUGAUCUGGAAAGGAGCUAGUAUCUUGUCCAAGCUUGAGUCGGCCAACGACAUGUGGGUCGGCCCAGAGGAGUGGGAGUGGCUGGGGCUGAAAAAGUGCUGUGUCUUCAAGUGGCUGCUUGGGUGGGAUUAGCUUGCAACAAUACAUCCUGCGCCAUUACUUCGGACAA